AUGAAUGAAAAUCCCUGCUUUUCCACCCUCAACAUGGCAGGACUACAACUCAUGACCCCAGCUUCCUCUCCAAUGGGUCCUUUUUUUGGACUACCAUGGCAACAAGAAGCAAUUCAUGAUAACAUUUACACACCAAGAAAAUAUCAGGUGGAACUCCUGGAAGCAGCUCUGGAUCACAAUACUAUUGUCUGUUUGAACACUGGCUCAGGGAAGACUUUUAUUGCAGUGCUACUCAUUAAAGAACUUUCUUAUCAGAUCCGGGAAGACUUCAACAAAAAAGGAAAAAGAACAGUAUUUUUGGUUAAUUCCGCAAACCAAGUUGCUCAGCAAGUAUCAACUGUUAAGACACAUUCUGAUCUCAAAGUGGGAGAGUAUUCAAGUUUGGAAAUAACAGAAGCAUGGACAAAAGAAAGAUGGAACCAGGAAUUUGCAAAGUAUCAGGUUCUGGUUAUGACCUGUCAAAUCGCUUUGAAUGUUUUAAAAAAUGAACAUUUAGCCCUCUCAAACAUUAAUCUCCUUAUUUUUGAUGAGUGCCAUCUUGCAAUCCAGGAUCAUCCUUAUAGAGAAAUUAUGAAGCUUUGUGAGAGUUGUCCAUCCUGUCCUCGAAUCUUGGGAUUAACCGCUUCCAUUUUAAAUGGAAAAUGUGAUCCGGCAGAGUUAGAGGAGAAGAUUCAGAAACUGGAGAAAAUUUUAAAGAGCAGUGCUGAAACAGCAACUGAUUUAGUAGUUUUGGACAGAUAUACUUCUCAGCCAUGUGAGAUUGUGGUGGAUUGCGGACCAUACUCUGACAAAAGUGGGCUCUAUGAAAGACUGUUAACAGAGUUGGACGAUGCGCUUAGCUUUCUGAAUGAUUGCAACAUAUCUGUACAUUGUAGAGAGAAAGAUUCUAUCUUAAUUUCUAAGCAGAUACUGUCAGACUGCCGGGCAGUGUUGCUUGUUCUGGGACCGUGGUGUGCAGAUAAAGUAGCUGGGAUGAUGGUGAGAGAGCUACAGAAGUACAUUAAGCAUGAGCAAGAGGAGCUGCACAGGAAAUUUUUAUUGUUUACAGAUACUUUCCUAAGGAAAAUUCAUGCACUCUGUGAAGAGCACUUCUCACCUGCCUCACUUGACCUGAAAUUUGUAACCCCAAAAGUAAUAAAACUGCUUGAAAUCUUGCGCAAAUAUAAACCCUAUGAACGGCAACAAUUUGAAAGUGUUGAGUGGUAUAAUAAUAGGAAUCAAGAUAAUUAUGUAUCUUGGAGUGAUUCUGAGGAUGAUGAUGAGGAUGAAGAAAUAGAAGAGAAAGAGAAGACAGAGACUAACUUUCCUUCUCCGUUUACCAAUAUUUUAUGUGGAAUUAUUUUUGUGGAACGAAGAUACACUGCAGUUGUUUUAAACAGGUUGAUAAAAGAAGCUGGCAAACAAGACCCAGAGCUGGCUUACAUCAGCAGCAAUUUUAUAACUGGACAUGGCAUUGGAAAGAAUCAGCCCCGUAGCAAACAGAUGGAAAUAGAAUUCCGAAAGCAGGAAGAGGUUCUUAGAAAAUUUCGAGCACAUGAAACCAACUUGCUAAUUGCAACUAGUAUUGUAGAAGAGGGUGUUGACAUACCAAAAUGCAAUUUGGUGGUUCGUUUUGAUUUGCCCACAGAAUAUCGUUCCUAUGUGCAAUCCAAAGGAAGAGCCAGGGCACCAAUCUCAAACUACAUUAUGUUAGCUGAUUCAGACAAAAUCAAAUGUUUUGAAGAAGAUCUUAAAACCUAUAAAGCAAUUGAGAAGAUUCUGAGGAACAAAUGCUCGAAAUCUGUUGAUAUUAGUGAAACAGAAAAUGAGCCUAUUAUAGAUGAUGAUGACAUCUUCCCACCAUAUGUGUUGAGGCAAGAAGAUGGUGGUCCAAGAGUCACAAUAAACACUGCUAUUGGGCACAUUAAUCGGUAUUGUGCUAGAUUACCAAGUGAUCCAUUUACUCAUCUGGCUCCGAAGUGUAAAACUAGAGAGCUUCUUGAUAACACAUUUUAUGCAACACUUUAUCUGCCUAUCAAUUCUCCUCUUCGAGCAUCAAUAGUCGGUCCUCCAAUGAGUUGUGCGAGAUUAGCAGAAAGAGUUGUCGCUCUUAUUUGUUGUGAAAAAUUGCAUAAAAUUGGUGAACUAGAUGAUCACUUGAUGCCUGUUGGAAAAGAAACAGUAAAAUAUGAAGAGGAACUUGAUUUGCAUGAUGAAGAAGAAACCAGCGUUCCAGGAAGGCCAGGUUCUACAAAACGAAGGCAGUGCUACCCUAAAGCUAUUCCAGAAUGUUUGAGGAACAGUUAUCCCAAACCUGAUCAACCCUGUUACCUUUAUGUAAUUGGUAUGGUCUUAACUACUCCUCUACCUGAUGAGCUCAACUUCAGAAGACGAAAGCUAUAUCCUCCCGAAGAUACUACAAGAUGUUUUGGAAUACUGACAGCCAAACCUAUACCUCAGAUUCCUCAUUUUCCUGUAUAUACCCGCUCAGGAGAAGUGACUAUAUCUAUUGAGUUAAAGAAAUCAAGUUUCACUUUAUCGUUACAAAUGCUUGAGUUAAUCACACGACUUCACCAAUAUAUAUUCUCUCACAUUCUUCGACUUGAAAAACCUGCACUAGAAUUCAGACCCACUGAUGCUGAUUCAGCCUAUUGUGUUCUACCUCUUAAUGUUGUUGAUGGCUCCAGCACUUUGGACAUUGAUUUUAAAUUCAUGGAAAAUAUUGAGAAAUCAGAAGCUCGUACUGGCAUUCCCAGUACACAAUAUACAAAAGAAUCACCAUUCAUUUUUAAAUUGGAGGAUUACCAGGAUGCAGUUAUCAUUCCAAGGUAUCGAAAUUUUGACCAGCCUCAUCGAUUCUAUGUUGCUGAUGUCUACACAGAUCUUACACCAUUGAGCAAAUUUCCUUCACCAGAAUAUGAAACAUUUGCUGAAUAUUAUAAAACAAAGUACAACCUUGAUCUGACCAAUCUCAACCAGCCAUUGCUGGAUGUGGACCACACAUCUUCAAGACUUAAUCUUUUGACUCCUCGGCAUUUGAAUCAGAAGGGGAAAGCUCUUCCAUUAAGCAGUGCAGAGAAACGGAAAGCAAAGUGGGAAAGUCUGCAAAAUAAGCAGAUUUUGGUUCCAGAACUCUGCGCUAUACAUCCUAUUCCAGCAUCACUGUGGAGAAAAGCAGUUUGUCUCCCUAGUAUUCUUUAUCGUCUUCACUGCCUUUUGACAGCUGAGGAACUCAGAUCUCAAACAGCUAUUGAUGCUGGUGUAGGAGUCAAGUCACUUCCUAUGGAUUUCAGAUAUCCUAACCUGGACUUUGGAUGGAAAAAAUCAAUUGAUAGCAAAUCCUUCAUCUCUGCUCCUAAUUCCUCUCUAGAAGAGAAUGAAAAUUAUUGUAAGCACAGUGCAAUUAUAGUCCCUGAAAAUGCUGCACAUCAAGGUGCUAUUAAAACCUCCUCCGCAGAUAAGCAUGACCAAAUGUCUGUGAACUAUAGAGCAUUGAUAGAGUCACCUAGCAAACUCCAAAAGGAUGUCUCAGUAGAACUGACAACAACUAACGGUGUUUCUUACAAUAAAAAACUUGCCAACGGCAAUUGUGACAUACCUAACAGAGAGAUUUGCCAAGAAAAUCAGCUAAAUUACUGCAGGCAAGAAAUACCUGUACAAUCAACUACCUCGUAUCCUAUUCAAAAUUUAUACAACAAUGAGAACCAGCUCAAGUUCAGCAAUGAAUGUACUCUGAGUAAUAAAUAUCUUGAUGGAAAUGCUAACAAAUCUACCUCAGAUGAUUGUCCCAAAAUGGCAGUGACCACCAGUGCUUCGGAAGGUUGCAAGCCUUCAGAAGAAAGCAUGGAUUCUGUAACAAGCUCUUCCAGUGGUUAUUCCUCAAGAACCCUUGGUCCAAACCCUGGUCUCAUUCUUCAGGCAUUGACUCUUUCAAAUGCUAGUGAUGGAUUUAAUCUGGAACGGCUUGAAAUGCUUGGUGAUUCAUUUUUAAAACAUGCCAUCACUACAUACUUGUUUUGCACUUAUCCUGAUGCUCAUGAGGGACGCCUGUCGUAUAUGAGAAGCAAAAAAGUCAGCAAUUGUAACCUGUAUCGUCUUGGAAAAAAGAAAGGGCUUCCUAGUCGCAUGGUAGUGUCUAUAUUUGAUCCUCCGGUGAACUGGCUUCCUCCUGGUUACAUAGUAAACCAAGACAAGAGUAAUGCAGACAAAUGGGGAAAAGAUGAAAUGACAAAAGAGGGCUUACUGUCUAAUGGAAAACAUGAUUAUGAUGAUGACGACGAUGACGAUGACUUAAUGUGGCGAGUACCCAAGGAAGAAACUGAGUUUGAAGAUGACUUUUUGGAAUAUGAUCAGGAGCAUAUCAAAUUUAUUGACAAUAUGUUAAUGGGUUCUGGAGCAUUUGUGAAGAAAAUAUCACUGUCUCCAUUUUCACCUGCUGAUAGCAGUUACGAAUGGAAAGCACCCAAAAAAUCAUCUUUGACUAAUGUUCAAUUUUCAUCAGAUUUUGAUGAUUUUGACUAUAGCUCAUGGGAUGCAAUGUGCUACUUAGAUCCUAGCAAAGCUGUUGAAGAGGAUGAUUUUGUUGUAGGUUUCUGGAAUCCAUCAGAGGAAAACUGUGGUAUUGAUGCUGGAAAACAAUCUAUCUCAUAUGAUUUGCAUACAGAACAGUGCAUUGCUGACAAAAGCAUUGCAGACUGUGUAGAAGCCCUUUUGGGAUGUUAUCUGACCAGCUGUGGGGAAAGAGCUGCCCAGCUUUUCCUCUGUUCAUUGGGUCUGAAAGUGCUUCCAGUUAUUAAAAAAACUGAGUGGGACAAUGUUCAGUACUCUUACAGAGAUCAUUUUAAUAGCCAACAGAAGCAUUCUUCAGCAAACUGUAUUUCUGCCUCUUUAGCUAAUCAAGAAUCUUCUCACUAUAAAGACUUGGUAUAUGGCUGUUUAAAGAUUCCUCCAAGAUGCAUGUUUGAUCAUCCAGAUGCUGAGACAACUUUAAAUCAUCUUAUAUCAGGCUUUGAAAACUUUGAGAAAAAGAUUAACUACAGUUUUAAGAACAAGGCUUAUCUACUUCAGGCAUUUACUCAUGCCUCGUAUCAUUACAACACCAUUACUGAUUGUUACCAGCGGUUAGAAUUUCUGGGAGAUGCAAUUUUGGACUACCUCAUAACUAAGCACCUUUACGAAGACCCACGACAGCAUUCACCAGGAGUCCUAACAGACCUGAGAUCGGCUCUCGUUAACAACACCAUCUUUGCCUCACUGGCUGUAAAAUAUGACUACCACAAAUAUUUCAAAGCUGUUUCUCCUGAGCUGUUUCAUGUUAUUGAUGAUUUUGUACAGUUUCAAAUGGAAAAGAAUGAAAUGCAAGGAAUGGAUUCUGAGCUUCGAAGAUCUGAAGAGGAUGAAGAAAAAGAAGAAGAUAUAGAAGUACCAAAGGCUAUGGGAGAUAUAUUUGAGUCCCUUGCUGGUGCAAUUUACAUGGAUAGUGAAAUGUCUCUGGAAAUGGUUUGGCAAGUGUACUAUCCAAUGAUGAGGCCAUUAAUAGAAAAAUUCUCGGCAAAUGUGCCCCGUUCGCCAGUAAGAGAGCUGUUGGAAAUGGAGCCAGAGACAGCCAAAUUUAGUCCUGCCGAAAGAACUUAUGAUGGAAAGGUUAGAGUAACAGUGGAAGUUGUAGGAAAGGGGAAGUUCAAAGGUGUUGGAAGAAGCUAUCGGAUUGCCAAAUCAGCAGCAGCAAGAAGAGCUCUACGAAGCCUCAAAGCAAAUCAACCUCAGGUUCCGAAUAGCUGAGACAUCUUCUUAAAAAACAAAUAUACCAUAAAGAGAAAUUUUUAAAAUAUAUAUAUGUGUUGAGAGGAAAAAACUGAAGACAGCAAUUAAAUUUUGGUAAUAAAGUAGUUAACAACAUUAACAUGUAUACAUAAUUUUGGAACUAAUUGUAGUUAUAAGGUGGGGUUUUUUUUUUUGUUUUUGUUUUUGUUUUUGCGCAAACACAAUCUUGUCUUCUUUCCUCACUUCUGCUUUGUUUAAUCACAAGAGUGCUUUAAUAUUUAGCAAAUGUUCAAAUCAAUUGUCAGGUCCUUUGGUUUACUUUUCCACUACAGUACAGGUUUGCUUUGCUUAGCUUAAAGGCCAGGGAGCCAUGUCUCUUGUGAGAUAAAUAUCUGUAUCUCUACUUCUAUCUAGAAAUAUAGAUAUAUCUUGAAAUUCCUUUAAUCUGUGCACUAGUGCCAGUCACAAAGCAGUUAUAAACUGUGCUGGAUAAUAUGGUGUAAAAAUAAGUGUGCCAGUAUUGUCCUUGUUCUUUUCCAUGUCAUCUUUGCAUUAAGAUGGCAUUCCUAAUCAUUAUUGCACUUAUUUCUUAGGGACAGGUUUUUAAUUGAAAUGUCUUGCAUUCAAUAGAAUUUUAAAUUGAUGCCACAUAGUCUUGCAUUAAAGGUUCUUGCCUUAAAAAUACAUACACCCUCAAAAUUAGAAAACUUUCAGUUUUUUAAUCUCUUUGGAACAAACUGUAUUAUAUUCCCUCCACUUUUAGAAUGCAUUUUGCAAUGAUAAAUCUCUGUAUUUACAGUACUUGUUAGUUUAGCUGUGACUUAACUUAUUACGCAAGUAAUAGAAUUGUAUUCAUAUAUACGUAGUGAGGUUAUUUUUAACAUUUCAAAGGAAAUUAUUAGUACAGAGUUUAUUUGAUAUUGCAAAGGAAAUGUUUCUUCUUAAUUUACAUUGUUAAGAAACCAGAGUCUAGACUGAGCAGUGUCCAUUACUCUUGUAGAACUUCCUUUCACUUCAAGGGGCUUAUGCAGGAGAUUUUCUUGGUGGAUUACUGCCAUGAUUUACUGGAACUUAGUAAUGAUAAUUGCACAGUGUGAACUGUUGCUUUUUUUAAAAAGAAAUAAGAACCUUUGACAUAUCGCACCUAAAAUAUGCUGCAGUUUUUUAUUGGAUACCUAUUUAACAAAUAGAGCACCUUUACACCUUUAAAAGCAAUUUCCACAUAAUUCUUACUGUACUUUUCAGAGUUGCAUGCAUAUUUCACCUACCAAAGCUGUGCUGUUAAAAUGCCAUGGAAGUUGUUGUGUGAGAGAAACUGCCAUACUUUUGAUACAUCUGGGACUUAGGUUCUUUAAUGUAGAGUGACUAGCUUAUUAUUGUUGUUUAAGUUGAUAUGAAAUCGUAAAUUGUUAGGCUAUGCCUCAAUUUCUUUAUACAUUUGUAGGCACCCUUCACUUAAAUACCUCAGUUCUUUGUUCUUUUUAUGUCUUUUUUCUCCUUUUUUGCAUGCAUCGUUUUUUGUUUGUUUGUUUUUGGUGCUAUGUGUAUGUAUUAUGCUUGAAAUUUUAAUUUUUGCACUGUAACUAUAAUACCUCUUAAUUUACCUUUAUAAAAAGCUGUGGGUCAUCUUGCACUCCCACCAAUAUCAAUAGAGGUUUGCUGCAAUUUUACCCCUGUUAAUUAUGCUUGAAGUUUGAGAGAACUGAGCAGAGUUUUUAAUGUUUUCCAGCACGGUGGUUUACUCUUGACACUAUUUUAAGUGCUAAAUUACAGAUAAUCCUAUUCUCCACAUUUAAAGACACACACAUCCCUUUCCACACAAGCAUAUUCAUUCAAACUGUAAAGAGGAUAAACAUCUGGCUUAUCUUUGUGAAGAAUAGAAUCAUAACUUAGUGAGAAAAAAAAUUAAAUUAAAUUUCAGGAUUUAAUUUUGAGUGACAGAUACCUUGUUUAAAUUCAUAAUAAUGAAUCAAAAUAAUAUUUGUGUGCAGCUUAAUUCAAUGAGAGAAUAAAAUGCAUGGAAGUUCAUACAAGUUUUAGUAUGUGUACAGCACAACCAUUUCAGACAGAUGAAGAAGCAGGGUUUUUUUCAGCUUUAUAAUAAUCUGUUCUUCAUUUCAGCAUGAAUGGUUACCAUUGACGUUCAAAAAGUUAAAUCUCUCUCUCUCUCUCUCUCUCUCUCUCUCUCUCUCUCUCUCUCUCUCCCUCCCUCCCUCCCUCCCUCUCCCUCUCCCUCUCCCUCUCCCUCCCCAAGAGAGAGAGAGAGUGAGACUGUAUAUUGGAUUAUGGAUAUAUGCUAUGGCAUUGAAACAAGACUUAAUUCCCCCACUGCCUCUGACUCUCUAGUUGGUUAUAUUCAUAUUCAUGUAUCAUAUUUCCCCUUUCAAUGAAGGGGUUCAUAUAAGAUCUCUUUAUGGAACAAUAACACUGUAAAGAUGAUUUUAAAAUAAAUAUUGUUAAAUUCACCAUUGUGGCUCAGAGUAAACAUAACAGUAGUAAAUAAUUGUUACUAAAAUGGUUUUUUCCAGGAAUCUUUUUCCUGGUUUUUUCCAGAUUAGCUUUUAAAAAUAUUCAUACAGUUUUUUUAAAAAAUAACAUGUAUUAUCCCAAUCACAUAUAUAAACUUUUGUGGUUUUGUAAAAUGCCAUACCCAAAAUACAAUCCAAAUAUAUUCAAUAAACACAUUUCAUACUUGAAUACUUUCAAAGAAUAGGAUAUUACAUGAUGGCAAUUGAAGUCUGAUAAUUAAAUUCCCUAAUCUAAAGCUAUUCAGUGCCUCCAUAAUGCAACAAGCCAUGUAAUUGAAAUUACUGAGUAGAGACCAAUUAUAAAUCUGGGUCCUGCUGCUGUGCAUGUCUGUGUACAGUACCGCAAUGUCUCUGUUCUGUCUUAGUUCAUUGUGUUACAUUUAACACAAAACCCACACUCAAAAUUUUGAUCUUGUACAACUGUUUUUCCUUUCCUAGAAAAUACAAUUGGGUAUUUGGGUGGUAUUUUUGAAACCUAAAUUUGAAAAUUAGGACCGAUAUUUUUUUAUGCACCGCAAGCAUGAGAUGAAAGGGACUGUUGCAAACCUGUCUUCAAAUUGUAUAACACAGAUUCGUCAUGUAGACAACUGAGGGGUUAAAUGGCAUAAAUGUAUUUUCAGAUGUUUGCCUAUAUGUUAAACUGUCUUGCUUACGGUCCUCCUAACUAUGUUGCAUUUUUAAAUUUUUAUUAUGGCUUUGUUUUGUGCUAUUCUGUUCAUGUAGCACAAGUAAUCAUUGCACUUGGUACCAUGCUUUACCUCAUUUCAAGGAGAAAUACCCUUUAAACAGAAAAUAUGGUUUGGGGCUUGCUGCUGUUUUGGUUUACUGAAUUUGAAUAAGAACACUAGAGUGUUUGCAGUAUGUCAGUUAACUUACAGAAAUGAAAAAGGCCAUUUGGUGUUGGUUUCCUAUGGCAUGUUAGUAUUUUUGUUUCAUUUAAAUGACUGACUAGUGAAAAAUUUCCAUGGAGCCCUUUGUAUGAUUAGAAGAUACUGCCUCAAGUGUGCUCCUGCAUUUUAUAAGAUUUCUUUCAGUUGCAGCUGGUGAUGCUUUAUGCCAUAGUUUUUGGAAGUUUCUCAUCUCCAUAUGAGUAUAUAUUUCGGUUGAUACAGGAGGCUGCAACAGAAAGGAGUUGAGAGGAGUACCUUUGCAUGAACAGAAUCUUGCUAAAUGCUUCCCUCUAUAUCACUUAUUUUUUUUAUUUCUUAUACCACAUUUUUAUUUUUGAUAAAACGGUUGAAUGUUACAUUUAACUUUGAUUUACUCUCCUUGAUGUAAAUUCACUUGUCUACAUGAUGGUCACUUACAUUUCUCCUUCAUUUUGGAUGUGAAAGGAUCUGAUAACUUUUUAUAAAAGUUCUUCUCAGUGUAACUCUUGGUUCUGUUCUGCUCUAAAUAGGCCCACAUCUAUAAGUGGUAUAAAGUAAUGGUAAAGGCCUUUUCAAAUUGGAAGUUAUUUGACCAUACUAAAGCCAUGCACUAUUCUUCUAUAUUCUUCAAUGAACAUAGUAGAAUUAGUUGUAUGUGACUAAUGAACACAAGGUUGAAUCAAAGUUGAAUCAAUCAUAUUGAUGGCAAAUUUCAUGUUCAGUAAAGAAAGAUUUGAUAAUUAUAUAAUUUUUAUUUAAAAAUGUAUAAUUUACAGCGAUAAAAUAUAACCGAAACCUAACAGCAUUUACCAGCAGAAAUCUGAUAACAGAUCUCCAGGGGGUCAGUGUAGAAUACAAAACAGUAGCCACAAUGUAUUUGAAGAAUAAUUCUACAUAUAUCUGUUUGUCUCCAAGUCUGCUUAUAGGUUUCCUCUACUUGUUUGUGUUUUAUAAUUUGGAUAACCAUAGACUGUUUAAACUGAUGUCAUUCAUGUAACUGGUUUACUAUAAAAGGAAGUUAUAUGGAGAAACAGAAGUUGGAAAAAAGUUGAAAAUUGCAGGCUUUUAAACUGUUAACAGUUUGACUUGAAAAUGGUUAAAAUCAAGUAGAAUGAAUAACAUAAUUUUAUGGACAAUAAAAGAUUCCCGUCACAUGCUGCAGCUGUCUUAAGGGACAUAAAAUGUAAUUCAUUCAUACUGUAAUCAUGCUGCAGGAAUUUGCAGUCUGCACCUUAUGGAUCACAGUUACCUUUAAUAUUUUUUUUGUAAAAUUGUAGCUGAAUCUAUCCCCAAUAAAGUUAUGUUCUGUUCA